CUAAAUGGUGGGAUUUAAAUGCCUUAAAGAAAUAAACAAAGGGGGAACAAGAAAAAAAAAUGAGAUAAACCUCCUGGGAAUUCCUGCCAAAUGCACAUUCUCAGCUUGUCAUUACUGACGUUCAACAAAUGAAAAAGAAAGGAAAUGAAUGAAUGUGAGAAUCGGCAUGGUCAGCAAGGGGUUACUUGAUCCCAGACUAGAACCAGCUCCCUUUCCCAUAUAGCUUGCACCCUUUGACUUGUAUCUCUCUGUGUGUGUUUUUAAAGAAGGCUUUCUAAAAAGAAACGAGAAAUGAAAAAUUCAGAGAGAAGGCCUAGUUCAUUUCAGGAGCCAGGAGUGGUGGUGGUGGUGGUGGGGAACCAAACAAACUACAAUUCCCAGAAUGCUUUGGGAGAAGCCACGGCAGUUGAAGCUGUUUUGUGUAACCAAGGAAGCAGACAAAUCCUUAACAGCAGAGAGCCGGGGAGAGAGGAAAAUGAACCAGACACAAAGUAUGCUGAUAGACGGCCUCACUAGGACCAAGCAUGUUGCCAACGCCGCUCUCAUCAGAAUAGUGGACGGCAACAUCCUGGCAACCACUCCGGGCUUCAACAUCCAAAGCCAAGCCCUGGUCUUCCUCCAAGCCUUUUUUAAGGAGCUGCUCCAAGUCAGAAGGGACGGGCUUUACUUCAAAGACCGGUACUACAAGUGUGUCAGAGCAGACGACCACUCCAUCUACCUCAAAGGGAAAGACAACGGGGUGAUUUUAGCCAAAACUGGGACCUUCAUCGUGGUCGGCACUUACGCCCAAGGCAUGUACCCCAGCGUGUGUGUGGAAGCCGUGGAGAAGCUGGCGGACUACUUCAGAGCAAAGGGAAACUGAAAAGGCUGUGGAGAUGGAGCCAUUUUACUCGGAGACCCAGCGCAGCCCAGCCCAGCAAGAGAACGGAUCGCUAUCGGCAAGAGAGGGCAGCUGAUGCAAGGACCACAAAUCCUUUUCACAAGCUUCCUACUUGUGGGGUUGGAGGGGAGAAAAAUUAAAUGCACGCGAAGUAAAACCUU